GUCAUUGGUGGUUGGCAUAGGCAUGAAGUAGCUGGUGUUGACUCUCCCAGCAGAUAAGACCGGUCUGAGUGCGACGAGGUGGUGGUGGCUUCUUGAUCUCUUAGUCUCUUGUUAGGUCAAAGCAUAGGAAAGCGGUUUCUCUAGAUGAAGCGGUUAAGAAUAAAUGGCAGCACACAGUUCCCGAGCGCAAGACGAGGCCAAAGCUGUUGCUGAGCCAUUAAAUGAAAAGGACGAGGAUUACGAGAUCGACGAAUCGACGGCAGCGGUGGUGGUUCCACCUGAUAGUGGAUGGGCAUGGGUUGUGAUGUGUGCAUCCUUUUUGUGCUGCACAGUUCUCGAUGGUAUUGUUUUCUGUUCCGGCUUAAUUCAAGAAGAUUUAAUAAAAGAAUUUCAAGUGAGUAAAGGCUAUGCAGCACUUGUGUCUUCAAUUCUCAGCGGUUGUUAUUUAAUGGCUGGACCAUUUGUCAGUGCAAUGGCUAAUCGUUUCGGUUUUCGGCCAGUUGCAAUAACCGGCGCCCUAUUUGCGGCUGCCUGCUUUGGUAUCUCAUAUUUUGUUAAAAGCAUUGAGCUCCUGUUCAUAACAUACGGUGUUCUCGCUGGAAUAGGAUUUUCUAUGGUCUAUAUACCGGCCGUCGUCAUUAUAGGCUUCUACUUUGAGAAGUGGCGCGCUCUUGCUACAGGUGUUGCUAUGUGUGGAUCAGGUGUUGGCACUAUUGUAUUUACACCAUUGACCGAAUUAACACUUAAGUCGGGAUGGAGACAAACAAUCGCAGUGCAAGCUUGUAUAAUCGCGUUUUGUGCCCUAUUCGCAUGCGCAUUUAGACCAAUACAGCCCAUUACAUUGGCUGUCAAUGAAGAAUCUAACGACGAAAAAGCUGAAAACGAGAAACGCAAUGGCCAUGGCAAUGUAGUGGCACCCAAACCUCAACUCCACCAAGCUGCAUUCACUAAACCAUUGCCGGAAGGCCGUUUCGCAUAUUCAAUGCCAAAUUCAGCACAUAACACAUACAUGGGUGCAUCGCCCAAGCAUCACUACCCCACAGCUGCCGAAGUUUUCCGAGGUGCUAAUAUUGAACGCCGUCUGUCAAAUUCCUCCGGCAAAGGAACCGAAUUGAAAGCCUUGCGAAAAUCGCAGCCCACCACACCGAACGGCGAGCCACAACCAUCACAACUUCAUUUCAAUAUUAACAAGGAACUAACAACGGUCGGAGAAAAUGAAGAAGAGACUGAGAACGAGAACUUGAUCGAAACCGAGUCAAAGCCGGUGGUAAUACAGGCACGUCGUCAUACUGUAUCUGGACGAAGGCCAAACGACACUGUCGGUAAAAAAAGUGCGGUCGGAUCUCAAGAUACCGUUCACAAUAUUCACACGAGGCCAAUGUACCGAGAUGAUAUCUUCUUUACUGGUUCUUUGGCUCGCAUUCCACAAUAUCAAUCACAAACCUCGCUCGCCUAUCAUAUGUCGGUCACGCGUCUUCCCACUAAACAGGACAUGCUCGAAGAUCGACAGAAAGGGUGCCGCCUCUGUCCUGAAGCAGUUCGUCGCACAUUAUCAACUAUGUUAGAUACUUCUCUGCUUAAGUCACCUUCCUUCAUGUGCUUGUCAUUCAGUGGCUUUCUAACUAUGAUGGGCUUCUUCGUGCCCUUCAUGUACUUAACACCGCGUGCCCAAGAUGCAGGUAUGGAUAAGCAGACAGCUCUUGGGGUGGUAUCCGGUAUUGGUUUAGUCAACACGAUUGCAAGGUUAGUUUGCGGUACGGUUAGCUCGAUUCCCAGCGUGAAGCCACUGUGGUUGAACAAUGUAGCCAUAACCGCAGGCGGCCUGGCGACUAUCUUCAGUGGAAUUAAAAUAACCGUUGUAACUCAGUGGGCAUUUGCUGACGAUCUUCGUCCAGAUAAAACUGAAUAUAUCUAUGGUCCGAGAAGGAGUGAUCCUGAAGAACCCUCCAAUCGGAAAUACCGGAUAGUAAAGAAGACGAAGCAAGGGUAA